AUGGCCAACAUGCGGUCACUUAUCUCCUUCAUUGUUCUCAGCUUGGGUCUUCUUGCUGCGGCCGAAUCCCCAAUCUCCCCGUAUAAUCUGCACGAGAAACGUACACACAUCCCAGCAGAAUGGUCGCUGCAGCGGAGGCACGAGCCGACAUCCGUUCUCCCUUUGCGGUUUGCUCUUACUCAGAGCAACAUGGACAAUUUAGAAGAACUUUUGAUGGAUGUUUCUCAUCCAAAGUCUUCAAACUAUGGAAACCAUUGGACCCCGGGACAGGUUUUGAAAACAUUUGCUCCAAGUGAGGAAACUAUCUCAGCCGUACGGAACUGGAUCCUCGAGAACGGUUUCGAGGAAGAGCGUGUCAAAGUCGCUUCGAACAAAGGGUGGAUCGAGGUAGAUGCCACCACUGAGGAGGCAGAGCGUCUUUUGCAAACAGAAUACAAUCUUUACACUCACUCCACAGGGAAGAACCAUGUUGCUUGCAAUGCUUAUCACCUCCCAUAUCAUAUUCAGCCUCACGUUGAUUUUGUUACUCCCACUGUGCACUUCGACGCUAAGAUAACCCGACGUUCCGAUGAGCCAGCUCGUUCGAUAGGACAGCCUAUUUUCGGUAGCUCACCUAAAACUACUGGCGCGGUUGAUGACGCUGUUUUAAUCAGCCCUACUGAUGUUUCAACUUGUGACGAGUAUAUCACUCCUGCUUGUUUGAGAGCCCUGUACAGUUUCAACUACACGCCAGUUGCCACUUCGAAGAAUAGUUAUGGAAUUGUUGAAUACACCCCCGAGGCAUACCUUCAGACCGACAUAAAUCUGUUUGCCAUGAACUUCUCUGAGGGUCUCUAUGGAAAGGCGCCUUACAUGGUUUCUAUUGAUGGAGGUUACGCACAAACAGAAUAUCAGAACUUUAGCUACAACGGCGAGUCCGACCUUGACUUGCAGUAUGGCAUGGAUCUCGUUACACCCGCACAGCAAGUUACACUGUAUCAAGUUGGAGAUAUGGUAGAAGGUGCUUCUUUCAACAACUUCCUCGACGCGCUCGAUGGCUCGUACUGCACAUUCGAGGGUGGCGAUGACUAUACCCAGGAUUCUAAGUAUCCAGACACGGCACCCGGUGGUUAUGAUGGACCCGAGGCAUGCGGUACUGCUACACCAACUUAUGUUAUAUCUACGUCUUACGCAUACGACGAGGCCGACCUUACGCCAUUCUACAGCGCACGCCAGUGCGCAGAGUACGCCAAGCUCGGUCUGAUGGGUGUGACCAUCUUGUAUAGUUCUGGUGAUUACGGUGUCGCUGGUAAUGGUGGGUUAUGCUUGAACCCUAACGGCACUCAAACCUUGGAUGGAACGAUGUUUAAUCCUACCUUCCCCGGUACUUGUCCAUAUAUUACCUCAGUGGGUGCUACCCAGGUGAAUCCUGGCUCCACUGUUUAUGAGCCCGAGGGUGCAUGCGAACAAGUUAUCUACUCGGGAGGUGGAUUCAGUAACUACUUUGCGAUGCCCAGCUAUCAGAAGGAGGCCGUUGAUUACUAUCUGGCAAAUUACUACCCCGAUUACCCCGCCACUAUGUGGAACUCCACUGGAAUAUCUCGUGCAUAUCCAGAUAUUGCUGCAAAUGGGGCGAACUAUGUUGUAGCUAUCGAUGGCGCAUUUGAGCUCGUUUACGGAACCUCGUGUUCAUCACCUGUCAGUGGUGCAAUCUUCACCAUGAUCAACGACGCCCGUCUGGCUGCUGGUAAAAGCUCUAUUGGCUUCAUUAACCCCACAAUCUAUUCCACCGACUUCAGCGGUUUGUUCAACGACAUCACUAUGGGCGACAACCCUGGUUGUGGUACAAACGGUUACAAUGCUACUCCUGGGUGGGAUCCUGUCACCGGACUGGGUACUCUUAAUUUCGACAAGCUGGUGGCUCAGUGGUUGACCCUCCCCUGAGAAUAUGAAUGUUAAGACAUAGAAGGGAAUCGUAA